CAGCACCUGGGAAACGGCCGGGACGUACGGGGAGCGCCGCCCCCCGGGCAGAGCUGCCCCCGCCCCGCCGCGCCCCGUCCCCGGAGCCGAGCCAAGCCCCGGGGCCGCCUCGUCCUUUGUGUGCGCCGGGGCACCGGGCACCGCCGGCAGCAGCGGGAGCCGAGCCCGGGGAGCGGGGAUAGCGGGGAGCGGGAGCGGCCCCGGGGCCCGGGGACCCCCCGGCGGCCCCAUGAAGGAGCCCGACGCCAUCAAACUCUUCGUGGGGCAGAUCCCGCGGCACCUGGAGGAGAAGGACCUUAAGCCCAUUUUCGAGCAGUUUGGGAAAAUCUACGAGCUCACCGUCAUCAAGGACAAGUACACCGGCAUGCACAAAGCUCCCAGCACCUGGAAUGGCCUCCAGUGGCGGGAACAGCCCCGUGAUACCGACCCUGGUACCCGGAACGGCUCCCGGGUCCCUGCCCUCCCCACGGGGUUCUCCCCCCACUGUCACCGGUGCCACCCCUGGUGUCUUGCAGAGGACCGGAAGCUGUUUGUGGGGAUGCUCAGCAAACAACAGGCGGACGAGGAUGUGCGGAAGAUGUUUGAGCCCUUCGGCACAAUCGAUGAGUGCACUGUCCUCAGGGGGCCCGACGGCACCAGCAAGGGCUGUGCCUUCGUGAAGUUCCAGAGCCACGCGGAGGCCCAGGCGGCCAUCGCUGCCCUGCAUGGGAGCCGCACGCUGCCGGGUGCCUCGUCCAGCCUGGUGGUGAAGUUUGCGGACACAGAGAAGGAGCGGGGGCUGCGGCGGAUGCAGCAGGUGGCCACCCAGCUGGGCAUGUUCAGCCCCAUCGCCCUCCAGUUCGGCGCCUACAGCGCCUACACACAGGCGCUGAUGCAGCAGCAGGCGGCCCUGGUGGCCGCUCACUCCGCCUACCUCAGCCCCAUGGCCACCAUGGCCGUGCAGAUGCAGCACAUGGGCACAGUCAACCCCAACGGGCUCAUCGCCACCCCCCUGCCCCCCUCCUCAGGAACCAGCACCCCCCCGGCCAUGGCGGCCACGCCCGUUCCGGCCAUCGCCGCCCCGCUGAGCGUCAACGGCUACAGCCCCGUCCCCGCGCAGCCCGCGGGACCCCCUGCCCCCGACGCCGUCUACGCGGGGGGGGUUCCCCCCUUCCCAGCCCAGAGUCCCGCUGCCCCCGGGGACCCCCUGCAACAGGCAUACGCUGGGAUGCAGCACUAC